UUAAGCGCGAACAGCAGCGAUGAGAGAUGAGCUUCCUGUCAGACUCAGGCAUGACACAUCAACCGAAGGCUCUCUGGCGCGGCAUAAAAACACAUUCUGCCUUCAUAUAACGGGAUAUUACAGCCUUAAGGAUGAUAAGGGGUCGUUUUAAACGCGUUAUAAAUGAGCUGUGAGUCGAAGUGGAGUUAAAUAGCCGUCCUUGGCUAACUGGCUAAUGCUAGCGAGCUGGCUGACGGUGGAGAAAAAACUGAAAGCGGAAGAGUGACGUGCUGGAUUACCGAGGCGGAAGUAACAAAGCGCAGAUUUUCCUUCUGAAAGGUUUCUUUGUGGAUAAACGGUGGGAUGGAUGAAAAGCAAAGAGCCACUUCUGAACGGAUUCUUCUGGAACCGUACAAGUAUUUAUUACAACUGCCAGGAAAACAAGUCAGAACAAAACUCUCUCAGGCGUUCAACCACUGGCUCAACGUCCCCGAGGAUAAACUUCAGGUGAUCAUCGAGGUGACGGAGAUGCUACACAAUGCCAGUCUGCUGAUUGACGAUAUUGAGGACAGCUCGAAGCUGCGGCGGGGUUUCCCAGUGGCUCACAGCAUCUACGGCAUCCCGUCGGUCAUCAACUCCGCAAACUAUGUGUAUUUCCUGGGCCUGGAGAAGGUGCUGAUGCUGGAGCACCCGGAGGCGGUGCGCGUCUUCACCCGGCAGCUGCUGGAGCUGCACCGCGGCCAGGGGCUGGACAUCCACUGGCGGGACACCUACACUUGUCCCAGCGAGGCUGAGUACCGUGCUAUGGUGCUGCAGAAAACCGGAGGCCUCUUCGGGCUCGCUGUAGGCCUCAUGCAGCUCUUCUCUGACUGGAAGCGAGAUCUGAAGCCACUUUUAGACACUCUAGGGCUGUAUUUCCAGAUCCGGGACGACUACGCUAAUCUGAACUCCAAAGAGUACAGCGCUAACAAAAGCUUCUGUGAAGACUUGACCGAAGGAAAGUUCUCGUUUCCCACCAUUCACGCCAUCUGGUCGCAUCCCGAGAGCACACAGGUGCAGAAUAUUCUGCGUCAGAGAACGGAGAACGUGGAUAUUAAACGCUACUGUGUGGAUUAUCUGGAGAAGGUGGGCUCGUUCGCUUACACCCGGCAGACUUUGGUGGAUCUGGAGGUGGAGGCUUACAGGCUGAUUAAGGAGCUCGGGGGGAACCCGGAACUGGAGGCUUUGGUGGAGCAUCUGAGCCGCAUGUAUAAAGAGCCUGAGGGCGGAGCUACAGUCAUCCAAUCAAAAUAAUCUGGGGCGGAGCUUCAGCUGGGCAGUCUAAUGAGUUCAGGGACGGAGAUGCAUUUAGCAGUUCAAAUAGUCUGGGGGCAGGGCUACAGCUGAGCAGCCAAAAGAGUUUAGGGGCGGAGAUGUAUUAGUUAAAAUAGUCUGGGGCGGGGCUACAGCUGGGCAUUCAAAUGAGUUCUAGGUUGGGGAUGCAUUAGUUAAAAAUAGUAUGGGGGCGGGGCUGCAGCUGGGCAUUCAAGAGUUUAGGGGCAGAGAUGCAUUAGUUAAAAUAGUCUGGGGGCGGGGCUACAGCUGGCCAUUCAAAAGAGUUCAGGGGUAGAGAUGCAUUAGUUAAAAUAGUUAGGGGCGGGGUUACAGCUGGGCAUUGAAAAAAGUUCAUGGCGGAGAUGCUUUAGUUAAAAUAGUCUGGGGGUGGGGCUACAGCUGGGCACUGAAAAGAGUUCAGGGGCGGAGAUGCAUUAAGCAGUUAAUAUAGUAUGGGGCGUGGCUACAGCCAGACAGUCAAAAGACUUCAGGGGCGGAGAUGCAUUAGUCAGUUAAAAUAGUGGGGGGGUGGAGCUUCAGCUGGGCAUUGAAGAGUCUGGGGCGGAGCUGCAGCUGAGUAUUUAAAUGUUUAGGGGUGGAGCUGCAAUCAGCCAGUUAAAAUAGUAUGGGUUGGAGAUGAGCAUUUAAAAGUACAGGGGCGGAGCUGUAGUCAGCCAUUUAAAAUGGUAUGGGGUGGAGCUUCAGCUGGGCAUUGGAAAGAGUUCAGGGGAGGAGAUGUAUUAGUUAAAACAGUCUGGGGCGGGGCUGCAGCUGAGUAUUUAAAUGUAUGGGGUGGAGCUGCAAUCAGCCAGUUAAACUAGUAGAGGUGGAGAUGAUGAUAAUAUGGGGUGGAGCUUCAGCUGGGCACUCGAGUCUAGGACAGGUUUACAGCUGAGCAUUUAAAGUUUGGAAUCUGGAAGCAGAUCUGUGGUUAGCCAGUUAAAACAGUAUGGGGGUGGAGCUGCAGUCAGCUAGUUAAAAUAAUAGUGGGCAAGCUUUUAAAGUCCAGGGGUGGAGCUGCAGUCAGCCAAUCUAAAUAUUAUGGGGGUGGAGCUUGAGCUGGGUAAUCAAAAUAUUCUAGGGGUGGAGCUGUAGUUAGCCAAUCAAAAUAAUAUGGGGGUGGAGCUUCAGCUGGGCAAUUAAGACUCUGGGGGUGUAGUGUGGGGCUGUAGCUGAGCAUUUAAAAGGCUGGGAGUGGAGCUGCAAUCAGCCAGUUAAAAUGGGAUGGGGGUGGAGCUACAGCUGGGCAGUGAAAAAUGUCUGGAGGUGGAGCUACAGCUGAACAUUUAAAAAUCUGGGGGAGGAGCUGCAGUAAGCCAAUCAAAAUAGUAUGGGGUCGAGCUUCAGCUUGGCAACCAAGAAUCAAGGGGCGGGGCUAAAGCUGGGUAGUCAGUCUGGCACAGAGCUGCAGUAAGCCAGUUAUAAUAGUAUGGGGUUAAAGCUGACCAUUUAAAAGUCUGGGGGCGGAGCUACAGUCAGCUAGUUAAAAAGUAUGAGGGUGGAGUUUCAG